AUGCCGGAACAUUCCAAAAAGGAUAUGACGGCCUUAGAGCGACCACAAAAGGAGGUUGAGCGUACGUCCACAACAGUUUUUGUUGUCCUCGCACAUUCUUGCACGCAAUAUCACCUCCCCAAAUUGCUGUCCGUUUCAGCGAUCAAAUCGGCGAUUCUGAUCCAGAAAUGGUAUCGACGAUGUCAGGCCCGAUUAGAGGCACGACGUCGAGCCACCUGGAGCAUAUUUACCACUCUGGAGUAUGCCGGCGAACAGGACCAGCUGAAGCUGUACGACUUUUUCAGUGAUGUGAUCACCGCUAUGGUAAACAGCGAAAGCGAAGAAGAUGGUAAUUCGCCAUUCGCCUCCGCGAUCAGCUCCUAUGCGAAAGAAGAUUACGAUAGCGACGAUGCAUUCCGGAAACUGAUGGAGAAGGCGAAUCCAGCGAAUAUGACCGUCGAGAAGCACUACAAAGGACCUGUGCUCACGCUGCCACUCGACAAACAGCAAAUAGCAACUAUGAUAGAAGCCUUCAAAGUAAACAAGAUUAUGCAUGUGCGGCUAUACGUAGUUAUUGAUACUCUUCGAGGCUCGACGGCUCCUAAAGCAGCAGCCCACGAUCGUUCGUCUUUCUACCUCAAUUUCCAAUCAGGUGAAAUGCGUUUGUUGCUAAUACUACAAGCUGCUCACUAG